ACCAGCCGGACUUGGGCUCGAGCCUCCUGCCCUGCCCCUUGCGCCGGCGGCCGCUUGCCCCCAGGGGCCCGGCCCAGAGGAUGGCGCAGGCGGACGGGAGCGGCGCCCGGCUCGGCCGGAGCUGGCCGGCGGCGGCUCUGCUGGGUUUCCAUCUCUUCUCCAUGGCUGUCACCUUGGAGGUCUCAGUGGGGAAAAACAACCUUGUGAUGGCUCUGAACGGCUCAGAAGUGCAGCUGCCCUGCAUCUUCACCACCUGCAUGGGCUUCAAGGACCUUGACUUCACUUGGUAUUACAACAGCACUGAACUGAUAUAUCACGGGAAUAUAAAGAACAAAGCAUCCGAGCCGACGAUGCUGUACGCAGACCCUCGGGUUCGGUUAAUUGGCACAACCACUGGGAAGGAAAACAACAUCUCCAUCUCCAUGUUUGUGGACUUUGAGGACGCUGGGAAGUACACCUGCCAUGUCAAGAACCCAAAGGAAAUGCAUGCUGAACACAAUGCCACCAUCAUCCUCAAGGUGGUCCAGGAGAUGGUACCAGUGGACAACACGCUGACGCGCAUCAUCGUGGGAACCGUGGGCGGGCUUGUUGGCCUCCUCAUCCUCAUCUUUGUCAUCAAGAAAAUCGUCCUGCUCAUCCUCAAAAAGUCUCAGGACAAGAAGAAGGAGUGCCUCGUGAGCUCCUCUGGGGUCGACAACACUGAGAAUGGUCUGGCGGGCUCCAAGGCGGAACAGAAAGCUCCACCAAAGGCAUGAAGCAAACUCAGUCUGACCCACGAGGCAGCAAAACUCUAAUGGCGGGGGGAGGGGAAAUCUAUUGUAUUUUGAAACUAACCAUCCUUGAGCCAUCUCUGUAUUACGCACAGGCCUGCUCCUCAGCCCAGACUUGGAAUGCUGUGUGGCCUGGGAGCAGGCCAGCUCCAUCCUCUCUGGGAGGAGGGGGGCACUCCCUGCGAUGGAGCUUGAGCUGGGGUGGGUGCGUGCGUGAGAGCGGCUGGGUUGUCACACAAAGGCGACGUGAGGGCGCUGAGCAGACACGGUGCCUUGCGAAGCUGAGAGGGUGGCGGGGGGGGGGGUUGCCUGCCUGGCUCCCGGGGGUGCUAACCGCUGGGAGGAGGCUGUGCAUCAGGCAGAGGGCAGCUCGUUCCUGGAGCAGAGCCCGCUGGAGCGCAAGGCUGCGUGGAACGCCAGCAGCAGAGAGAGAUGCCCCUGUCCCUGCCUGAGCAUGGGGCUGGCCAAGGAGGAAGGGGGCUCUGCUGCCAAGCACACUUCUGAACCAAAUGCCCAGUGCCACCUUUACCAAGCCUGGCUUUAGUCUCUUUCCCUAACUGGUUAAGGUGGCAGCGGGGGCUCCUGGGACGAGCUCUCCCUCCCCUGCCACUUCCAUUCCACCCCAGCAGGUGAGCUGCCCACUCGGUCAGUCUGGGCUUGUGCAGCUCGGUGGUAUCGUCACCAGCCGCGGUUGGUGCCAAGGAUGGAAUACGCUGCGGCCAGGGGUCGCUGUAGUCACGGGGGGCUGUGUCCGUUAGUUACAUACAGCAGCCAUUCACCUGCUACCCUGUGUGAUUGCUAUGGGCCUGGAUCUCUACUGCCCUGCCCCUGGUGUCCUCACUUGCACUAGUGCAAGGGGAGUGCAGAGCACUGCCAGUCCGACUUCCUUUGCACAUGGCAGCACAAGGUGCAGGGGUCCUGUGUCUGGCUGCCUGGCAAACCUGCCCUGUGAGCUCCGCGUGGAAAAGCUGGGUCAAUAGUAAAGUGUUGGGGGGAGUCGGGGGAAGGAUUCAUUCCUCUGCCUGCACUUUGUCACUAGCACUCGCCUGGCUCACGGUGAGGGCACUUGUUCUGCUCUGGGGUGUUCCCUGUCCUGCUGGCAGCAGUGCUGCUUGUGGGGGAAGGGCAGCUGGGACACUCGUGUCAUUCUUGUUCUCUCCCUUCUGGAGGGUCCUUGUGACUCUGCCAAGACACCGUGGCGACGGGCGCGCACCUGGAAGGAGGCAGCUGGGGUGACAAGCUUCAGGUUUCUGACUGUCCUCCUGGGACAGAGGAAAUAGUGACAAAGUGGGUCCGAGCCCACAAGCUGAGGGCAGUGGCUGCUUCUGUGUCCAGUGCUGGCUGUGCUUUUACUUUCAGAAAUCUUGACUCCCCUGCCCCCUGAGCAGCGUUCAGGGGAAAGGAGUCCAGAGCCCGCGUUGGGUCCUAGCUGGGCUCUGGAGCCUGGCACGGCGAUCCCCACCAGGCUGCAUUAGCAAUGUUCCCAAACAGCCAGGCCCACAUUCUGCCGUCUGGUAUGUGUGCCCAGACCCAGUGACGCCCGUGAGCUGCACGGGAGCAGCCCCUUGCUGUCCCAGAGUGACAGGGUGGUGGUGAGGAUAUUGUCACUCUUCCCGGUCUGGUACAACCCCCCCGGCACGGCCACUCCUUCUGGAGCACUGGAGCUUUCUGUGGAACGACCAGAGCAUCCUUUCUUCUUCCCAAUGCUGAUUGGCUGCUGCAGCCCCAUGCUCUCACUGGGUGUGCUGGUGCAGAACUGGUGCCACGCUUUGUGACAUCUGCCCCGGGAGGUUUUGUCUCCCACACGUGCUGGUGAGGUACCAAACACGUCCUCUCCCCGAGCCGUCUGUCACCCCAGUCCCAGCUGCACUGACAGUCCCUUUGGGGCUCAGCCAUCUCCCGGAGCUCUGCCCUAUGACGCUGGUCACGUCUCCACCAAACACAGCCUUGUCUCAUCCCAGGGAACACAGGGCUUUACCAAAGAGUUGCCGUGUUGCUUGGUAACACCCGCAGUGCUGGGAAUAUUUUUGUUUUAGCAGCGAGCGCCUUAUGGGCCUGGGUGCUGCCUGCCUGUCCCUGCAGUGCUGCAGAACCAAGCAGAGCUGCAGGUACUUUGCAUUGUUCAGCCCCACGGGGGUAGGGAGCACCAGAUUGUAAAGAACAGGUUUGCACAUCCCUGCCACGUCCAGGUGCUUUGUGCCAUAGGGAGCAGCAUGAAUGGAGCUGGGGAUUGUACGAAGCACCGUAUCUUCCGAAGGAGCCAAUCCAGGCGGACUGGGGAAUCCUUCCGGAAUUUGUUUAAAUAGCACCAGCCCCGCAGGGGAUUUUCCUGCCAGCGGAAGUUGGGGGGAUGUGCUGGGAAGUGCACCUCAUGGAACGGAACCAGGCGGGGGAACCCCGAGAGAAGCCAGCGUGGCUGCCGUGUCCUUGGAGAGGAGCUGGGGGCGCUGGUUGCCUGGGGGCUUUGGCUGCGAGAGGGCUGUGUAUUAACGAGGAACUCCAGCGAUGGGACUGGAGAGCCCGGGAGGCCAAUGCUAGGUGAGGACAGCCUUGAGCGAUGCAGGACGCCCACCGAAGUCUUUCUCUUGAUGUCGCUGGGCUUCGGGUCAGUGCCUCAGUGGCCAUGAUCAUGAGAGUUAGUGCUGCAGAAAAUGAAAACGUCCAAUCGCGGGGAGAGUGGCCAGAGGCUGGCUGGGGACGAGGCCGUGGCUCCAGACUGACGUGCUGGCGUGUGUAAACCCGGGCCGCGAGAUGAUUGCUGUAGGGCACUGGGCCUGGUUCUCCUGCUUUACGCUGGUUUCAGUGGAGUCACUCCUGAUGCCCAGGAAGUGAGUGAUGGGGUGUGAAAGGCCAGAGAACUGGUGCCCGUGACUGCUGGUGAAUGGGUCUGCCUCCCUUCUCACGUGUACACCUGCCUGCCCCACCAGGCGCUUCCUUCAGGGGAGAUUGGGAAAUGGGUGGGCGCGGUUCACACCGAAUGCUACAUUUCCUUUGUGUUGCAGACCUCUCAGCUGCCUGUCUCAUUUAUGUGGCUGUAAAUCAGGAGUAACGCCACGGGAGUCAGUGGAGUAAGCCCAGUGUAAACCUGGUGUACGUGGGAGAAGAACUGGGCCCAAAGUUCUGUCCCUGCUCCCGUUGCCCCAGUUGCGAGGGGCUGCUCAGGCAGCAGGACAGAGGCCGGGGAGAGGGGCUGCUGGAACGCAGCUUCAGACAGCAAAGCGAGUGGGGAAGGCGGCAGCUUGGGGAGUGAGAGCAGAUGAUGGAGCUACAUUUCUAGGCUGCAUGUUUAAACCCGGUGAGCUGUGGUGGUUGUCAGUGGCGCCUGUGAGUCGUGAGUUUCAGCCCCAUCCCCGACGGACUGAGGUCCGCAUCCAAGUCUGCACCAACUGCUUGAGUCUGUAGAGAGAACCAGGCAGCGGAGUUCCUAGCUCCGCCUUAGGGGCAGGGUGGAGCACGACACCGAGGCUAAGUUCACAUGCAGGAUUUCUGAGGGCGUUCAGCCAGGAACUACCCCAGGGUGGGGUGGGAUUGCCUGUUUUUAUGCUGUGGAAGUGCCGCAUGGCUCCUUGUGUUCUGCGCUGUGGACAUGCUUAGGCAUCUUCCCAGGCCGUGCCCCACAGCCACGAAAAGACGAGGUUGUCAAAGUUGCUGCCUCUGCCCAAUGGCAGAAGAGACCACCGUGAAAUGCAUCUGAACAAAGGUGUUGUGUAGGCCUGUGAGCAGGGCCCGUGCUCUGUGCUGCCUGCCUGCGCUCAUGCCAGGCGGAGCAGCCUGGAAUACACGCCUUGACUUCACUGGCUCACCCUGUCCUGUGUCCUGCUGUGGCUGAUGUACAUUCAGUUGCUCUCCCCACUGCAUGGCAUGUACCUGGCCGGUUUUCUAGGGAAAAGUUGCCGUAUUUUUUCCAUCAGUUCCGGUUUUAGUCUUUAAAGCUUGGCGCUUACAGUAACAGACAUGGAAGAAGCUGACCUACCCAAAGCUUUAAUUAGUUACGCAAAUCAUUUGUAUAAUGGAUUUAAAUGGGAAAAACGGCUCAUUCGGUUUCCCUUUCACUUAAGAAAGAAUGUGGAGCUCCAUUCGCUAUGCAGGGUAUGGUCUAGUCAUGGUUAGAGGACUUGGAUUCAGGACUCAGGUUCUGUUCCUGGUUCUGCUGCUGAUUCACUGUGUGACCUCAGGCAAGUCGCUUUGCUGCUCUGUGCCUCAGUUUCCCCAUCUGUAAAAUGGGGAUAAUAAUACUGACAUACCUCACAGGUGAGUACCAUUUGUAAAGUGCUUUGAAAUCCUUGGAUGACAAGUGCUAUAGACGGGCACAGUGUCAUUAGGCGAGAGCUACUUGGAAGGGUAGAAACUGAUCAGGUGAAACAUACAUGUUGUAUUUCACUGUCAAUGUGGAAAUCGGAUUUCUCUCUGGACACUUACACCUUCUGUUGGUACAGCUGGCGAGACCUGAGAGACCUUUUCAGUUCUGUUCUGUUUGUGACUUUGUCCACACUCUAGAGUCAGCCUGGCUGAUUCAUGGCUGAUCGAUGGCGCGUCCUGUCUCAUGCUCUAGCCUGAUGACAGGAAGCUGCCAUGCACACUGUUCCCCAGUCCUGCAAAGAGGCUCCUCUCAGUAACAGCAGCAGCAAUAUUGACACUGAAGAGAGAGCAGGCAGGUGUUCAGGGAGAGGUGCCAGGGACAUGACGGAGUCUGCCAGGGACAUUGCAGUGAUGGGUGGCCACACAAACCCUGAGACAGAACCAGGAGGGGGAGCAGAGACAGGCCUGAGAUAGUUGGGGUUGUUCUCUGACUUUAAACCCUUGAGUACAUGGGGAGCUAGAAAAUCCUUCUCCAUAUAAACGAAAGGGAUUAAAAACAGCCCCAGACAUGCUAUUCCCAGGUGCUGUAGCUGAAAAUGGAAAUUUAAAAAAUUCUCCAUCUAAAAUAAUUCUAGUUGACUGUGACCCUUUUAAUGUGAUUUGUUGUUUGAAUGUCACAGGCGAACUUCUUCAUUACUCGUGUGGGCUGUAUCUUUGCCUUUGUUCAUGAGGCUAAGGAACUAAACUCUGCUGUUCUCCCCUGUAGGAAUCCGAGCUGGGUCUUGGCUUUUCAGGAGCGGGGUGGGGGUGGGAGCGAGAACAGCUUUCCGGCUUUGUAAUGGAAUGGGAGCCCGUUCUGGAGGUAAGAACAUUGAACUGCAGGGGACUCUUUGGGAGUCGGUUUCUGACCCAGCCUGACCCAGCUAAUGAACAGGCUUGCCAAAGCAGUGCAGGGGGGUUACUGGAGAAGAGGGGGAUGUGGUGAACCUCAUCUGCAGACAGGAGUAUGAUGGCCAUUUGAAUCCGAGCGUGAUUGACACGGCGUCCCACCUGCCUGCUUGUAACUGUGCUCAAGUCUGCAAACACCUGCAGGAGCUGCUGGAAUAGAGGAACCCCAAGAAGCACCCUGUGCUGGUGCGUCUGUGGCUGUGCCUUUCAAGAGGGGAGUGAUUCGCGGCUGUGCUGCACCUGCCCUAGUUGCUUACACCAGGGCACAGACCUUCACAAGGUGCAGGGCAAAGGUGACGUGAUCUGGAAGGGUAGGCUUUGUGGCGGACAGGCUUGUCCACCGGUUAGAGUAGGCAGCUAGGACUCCUGGGUUCUGUUCCCAGCGCUGCUGCUGCUGCGUCUCUUUGGGUAAACAUGGGCAAAUCAUUUGAAUCUCUCUGUGCUUCAGUUUCCCCAUCUAUAAAAUGGGGCUGAUAACACUGACCUGUCUCAGGGGUUGUUUGUAAAGUGCUCUAAGAUCCUUGGAUGAAAGGUGCUGUAUAAAUGCAAAGUAUUAUUAAUGUAUCAUCAUCGCUCAUGACGUUUUAGACCAAAAGACAUAAAAUCUUCCAGUUGCCCCAUGAAAUCCCCAAUCCAGCCUUUGUGAAGAACUUCCAUAGACAAGUAAAGUUUGGGGAGGAAAAUAUUUUUUUUUAAGUAUUAUUUUUAGCUGUCAUAACCUGUUAGUCUUUUUUAGAAGUGGUAUCUGGACAUUGUUUCACUUACCACAUGAUAUGCAAUGCCGUUCUAUGCAUGGAUUAUUCCUCGGACUUGAGUAGAGAAAACAUAACAAUCAAUUUUUGAGAUACAUUUCUGUACCUGUAUGGAUUUAGAUAUGCUGUACAAUGAGCAUGCUUAGAAGGUUCCACUGGCUUGAAAAAUUCAACCAAUUCUUGAGCUAUUCCCUCUCUUUAAAAUGGGGUGUCCCACUAGAACCUUUCAAACAGAGGGGAUGUUAAGGAUGAGUGUAUACUGUAGACACACACAUGUAUAUGUGUAUAUAAAUACAUAUAGUAUAUAGUUGUAAAUAAACUCAGAAUGUAGAGGAACAUUCUGUCUGUUGCCUUUAAAACACAUUUUGCACUAUAGAAUUUUAUUUAGCUUUGCCUUGAAUGAAAUAAAAGUUUGUUUAAUA